UUAUGUAGAUUUUAUGAUGAUCUUAUUCAUCAUCACAUGCGCUAGCUCAGUAGCUGGUUAAUUUUUUUCCUGAUGAAGCACUAACCUCGAGAGCAGUGCGACGUCGAGCUCUUCUUUACUUACCGGGGAGUGAGGCGACAAGCUUUCACCAUGAGCAGUCCCAAUCCGUUGAAUUUGCCGCUCGGUUCCAUAAUGGACAAGUGGGUUUUGAAGAUCAUUGUGGCAACGCACUUCCUCUUGACAGUAUGGGCGCAACUUGGGGUUUUCCUCCCAAGUGGAUACGAGUACAUGAACAUCAUCCUUAUUCUGACUGGCCUGUGGGCCGUAGCAAUGCCAGAGAGCAAAGAUAGUAUGCAUAUGUUCUUCAUCUUCCACCUCAUGAGCAUUUUGACAGACAUCAUUUUCCUGGGCGUGUUCUUUGGACCAUCUCAGGAUAGCCUCUGUAGUGGAAUUACAACAACUGCUUGCAGCAACUUCCGAUUCAGUGCAGGGAUGGCCAUCAUUAACCUGAUCAUCAAGCCACUUAGCGCCAUCUUCCUCUUUAUGGAGCUGCGGCGGAGGAGUGGAGCCUACACAGGCUUCCCGGGUCAUCCCGGAUCCAGUGGCUAUGAGAACAUCGACCAGCCCAUUCCGACCAAUCAGCAGGUGGAAGCUGCCCAGCCCCACCAAUCAGCAUUGGAUAAACCCUACCUACCGCAGUGAAGACACGCCUCCCGGAGCAAUAGCUAUGUGAGAAAAAGAUACCAAUACUGCAGUACUCAUGAAUAUGUACGUUGGGGGUCCUUGUCAUUUAUGAAUAUUCAUAAUAUUAUCUUAUUUGGGUUAUGAAUAUUCAUUGUACAGUUGCUGUGAUGAAUAUUCUAAUGAACUCCGCUUUUCAUGUGUGAGUAGUGAUUUGACAAACAUGCGAGAGUCGUGGAUCUCAUUUGGAUAAUACUGUCUCGAUCCAGUUCUAUAAGAUCCUUUCAAAUGUUCUGUGCUUCUAAACUAAAAGGUGUCUCUCAAAUGACAUCACUUCCUACAAAUUGCCACGUGCAUCCGCAAGUGGGGCUUCAAAUUCAUGACACGCAAGCGUUUUGGAUCAACAUUUGCACACUGCACGCACAUGCACCUGAUGGCCUUCGGUACGUAGUUAUAAUAUUCCUACGAAGCUGGCAUCGUACAUGUAUGAGAGAGAUCUACAUGUAUACCUAGAAAAUGGCAAAAUUCUGGAAGGGGAAUUGAAAUUAAUUGCACAGAAAUCAUUCUUGUACUCAAGGGCCUUGUAGAACUGAGCGAAAUGUUUGCAAGAGAAACGAGCAGCACUCAUGAAUACAUCUGCUUGGAUAAACGAUCCUGAUGAAUAUUAAUUAUCAGGAAUUGGUUGGUUGGUUGCUGGGGGCCAGACGGUUGUGAUGUAGGAAUGUACAUACAUGUACACCGUACUGUUGUAUUUUGCUUACGAAGAUUUGUAGUAGAAAGUGGAAACUGUACGUAGCUUGAGAAGAGUUUUCCUGUCUAACAUUCCAUUUGUAUUCUCAAGCAAUAAGAAUGUCAGUGUAUCAGAUGGUCUUUCUUAGAUAACGGGCUAGGUGUUUUGGUUUAGAACCAAGUUAUGCUGUUCUUUUACCAGUGGGUCUUAGAGGAGACAGUUGGGUGGAAGUGGGUAAAUGCUUGGAGCAUAGGCGAGGAUUUCAUGUUGAGGUGGUGGCGGUUCUCUGGUUCCCCUUGCUAAAGUACUUGUGUGGUUUUGCUAGGAUCUCAUUGCACAUGUAGGUUGCAAAACAGGUCCACAAGACCUGACUGGGACUUACACUCGUCCAUGCAAGGUAAGCAACUUUCUGAAAAACAGUUUAAGAGGUAUUUUAGAUUUGGGUUUAUCUGUGGCAAUGUAAAGAGGAGAUGAGUUUCAAGGAAAUCAUGAUCAGAAAUUGAAGGAGCAUUCUCAGUGUUUUCCAAUUGUGAGCUACUCCCAACAUCAAGGAAUGCCCGUGUAAAGGAACGUUAAUUGAGUCUGUUAAAACCGGCGCUCACUCAUAUUUAUUGCAUACACAAUACACUAGGUUUGUGGACAUUCAGCGGAAAAUUACCUGUCCUGGCCAGAUGUGAAGAGGAAGCGGUAUAUGCCUGUAGCGUGUUCACUAUCUAAGCAGGCGUGUGACUUCUUAAAUCUGCUGGUUUUCCUGUUUUAUACAUGUACCUGCACUUCCCAUGUGCUCCAUUACAAUUUGAAAAAAUUGUACAAUUUUACUGCAGCUUGGAAUGGCUUAGAUUUCAAGUGUCCAAGUUGAAAAAUGCUUAACAUUUUCUUCAGUGACUCCCACACCCUGUUGAGUAAACAGGUGUGAAUGUUGUCCAUUAACCCUAACCCUCCUCAAUCCUUCACCUGUUGGAGGACUGAGGAGUGUUAGGGUUAAUGCAUAGAGUUCUUGUGCACUGUGUUUUUCCUGCAAGGGUUCAAUGAUCAAAGCACGGAGGCUCUACUCAUGCCAAGGCCGUGCUUGAAUAAGUUGGCCGUGGGCUUGCUGUAACGUAUUUCUGUGGGAAACUAGCUGAAGCUGCUAGCUUGUGGCUCGUGGCUUUCAUAGGUGCACUUGUCAUUUCUAGCCACAGCCAUGACAUCUGGCCACCAUAGCCAAAUCCACAGACUUGCCUCAGUGGGAGCUGCACUGUGCAAGAUCUCACAUUGCUGCACCUGAUUUGAAAACCUGAUUAGCUCCAGAGGAAACUAUAUGAAAUCCAAGUUUGACACGCUUGUAAAUGAGCUGUUAUAUCUGAACUGCAAGUAAGUAGAGGGGAAAAAUGUAUAAAAUACUUUUAUAAUUGUAAAAAGUGCUAAUUGAUUAAAAGUCCUUAUUGAUGUCUUAUGCUCUGCGGGUACAUGUAAUUGAUAUGUAGGUAAGUAUCCACCUUAAGCAAAAGCACUCCCUCAUCCGUUAAACAGAGCCAGGUUGGUCAGGAGUGUUCAUUUUGUUGGCAGCCAUGUGUCUGUAACGCAUGCAUUUCAUAGUUGUUUGUGAACUGGCAAAGUGCAGUUCCAACCAACAGAGCUAGGAAAAUUGCUUCCUUUCUUGGUCCAGCUGGGGGCUCUUAAAGAAGUUAGUUUGAAUCAAACAUGGAAGGACCGGUUGCCAGUACAUUGACUUUUCUGAGUAAAGCAGAUCAGUUGCUUACGUUUCUGUCGAAGUUGACCUUGCAGUUCACAUGGGGCCAAUUUCAUAGAGCUGCUUAAGCACAAAAUUUGCUUAAGCACGAAAAAAUCUUGCUUAAUAAAUCAGGUAACUAGCCAAAAUUCUAGCCAAGACGCUGUCCGAAACAUACCUUAUACUGGUUUUACAAGGUUUUCUUUUUGAUCAUUUGCCUAUUGCUUUCCACUGGUAAACAGGUGUUUUGGGAUCGUACUUAGCUGUCUUUUGGUUAGCACGACAAUCAGAUUGAGUUUGAGCUGAUAACCUUUAUUUUUAAGCAAGAUUUUUUCACGCUUGAGCAAAUUUUGUGCUUAAGCAGCUCUAUGAAAUUUGCCCCUGGUAGUCUGCUAGAGUUUCAUACACGUAUAUGUAGCUGUGUAUGUAUGCUAAAGGUUUGGAACCAGUAUCGUUAUGGAUAUGCAUGUAGGUAAUUUGCAUAUAUAUGCAUGAACUUGCAGCCAAUGGGAAAAAAAACCCAGACAUAUAUAGGCUUCCUGCCCGCUUAGAGAUUGUAAAUCUUAGCAAAAGUGACCAUCUCAGAUGUGUGAAUGACUAGUUGUUAAGUGUGCUUUGGGGCAAGCUGUAAUCAUGUACUCUGUACAUUUGAAGAACUUCUAUCCAUGUAUUAUUGGCAUUCAGAGUUGAAGAAUGAAACGUAUCCCAUGUGAUGGUUGGAGAUUGUGUAAAUGGAUGUUCUUAUGAUAGAUUAUAACAGAAUCAUGAUAUUUUCAAUAGAACCUGGACAGUCUGGGAACUAGUUGUCACCUGGGUACCCUUUGUAAGUAUUUGCAUGUGUCUGCCAAUGUAGAAUGUAACUCCAUACUCGGCAGGAAAAAAAAAUGAAGACAUUGAAACAGAUGCUGGAAAAGGGGUCUAACACUUGACAUGCUUGAAAAAGACAAAUGUAUCUAACAUUAAUUUAACUCUCAAGAACUAUUUCACGAGUGCUCCAGGGUGGGGAAGGGUAGCCUUGAUUGAGUAAUGGACAGUGUCAACAAAUUGGUUGUAUCAUUUUCAUUUGCAUGCGUACAACAUGAGAUUUUCAAUUUGAAAUAUUCUUUACAUAUUUUCCUGCAAUAUGUUUGGCUGUUCAUACUCGUCUGAGACAAGGAUUUUGUCUGAGAAGACUGUAGACCAACAGGUAUUUUCGUGCAUUUAUAUUAUUACAUCAGUUUAUGUUAAAUGUACAUUUUUGAACUGUGAAAUAUAAGUGUAUUCUGUAUAAAGUAG